AUGCUUCACCAACCUGCAGUUGCAGCGAUGGACCACCUGCUGCAUUUCCGCAAUGUGUCAGCCAGCAAAAUAUCCCAUCACAUCGACCCCUGGGACACCAACACCUCUACUGUCAUUACAUCUGAUCUGUCCCCGGACAGGCCUCUCAACCCUUGGGACAUCAUUCUUUGUGUGACAGGAACUGUCAUGGCUUGUGAGAAUGCCAUUGUCAUUGCUAUACUGUUUUAUACCCCCACCUUACGUGCCCCCAUGUUCAUACUUAUUGGCAGCCUGGCUUUAGCUGAUCUGCUGGCUGGUGUGGGACUUAUUGUCAAUUUUAUUGUGCUUUAUGUAUUUAACAAUGACAUGGCUACCUUGAGUUCUGCAGGGCUACUAUUGGCCUCUUUCUCAGCCUCUGUAUGCAGUCUAUUGGCCAUUACAAUGGACAGGUAUCUAUCACUCUACAAUGCGCUUACCUAUCAUACAGAGAGAACACUGACAUUCACAUAUUUGAUGCUAAUCCUGGUCUGGGCACUUUGUAUCUGCAUCGGUUUGUUGCCUAUCAUGGGGUGGAACUGUGUCAAGGAACAGUCAUCCUGUAGCAUCCUUAAACCAGUCACUAAAAACAAUGCAGCUGUCCUGGCGGUGACUUUUCUCCUGCUCUUUGCCUUGAUGAUGCAGUUAUAUCUGCAGAUUUGCCGGAUUGCUUUCCGACAUGCCCAACAGAUAGCUGUGCAGCAUCAGUUCAUGGCAACUUCUCAGGCCUCCAGCACCAGAAAGGGGGUCUCUACCCUGUCCCUCAUCCUUGGCACCUUUGCACUAUGCUGGAUACCAUUUACUGUCUAUUCACUGGUGGCAGAUUCCACUUAUCCAAUGAUCUACACUUACUCUCUGGUGCUACCAGCUGCUUUCAAUUCAGUUAUCAAUCCAAUUAUUUAUGCUUUCAGGAACCCAGAUAUUCAAAAGUCACUGUGGCUUGCGUGCUGUGGUUGCAUCCCACACAGAUUUUUAUCUGCCAGGACUUCUAGUGAUGUAUAG